ACCAAACCAACCAACAAAAACGGCCGUGACCUGGCUUUGAACUUUGAAGUCCAGACGGAGAAACCAAAGCCCCAACGGCCACCCACCUGUGUCUCUCUCUAACUAAGAGCAUAGAGAGGACCAGAGCCUUUCACACACACGCAAACAAGCAAUCAAACGCUCGGAACGAAAAUGGGAAAAAUGCUUCAGCAAUCGUUUUCGAAGCCUUGUCCAAUCCCAAUCCCAUUUUCCAAACCCCCCCAUUACACUACUACUAGUCUCUGUUUCCACCAUCGAAUUCGUUGUAAAGCCGUGGAUUCAUCCAAGAUCGACACGAGGCCACCACAUGCACCGUCGGAUUCACCGGGAGCGAAGAAGAUCGGCCCCUACACGGGGAGAGACCCGAGCGUGAAGAAGCCCGGGUGGCUUAGGCAGAGAGCGCCGCAAGGAGAGAGGUACGAGCAGGUGAAGGAGUCGCUCUCGCGGCUCAGCCUGAACACGGUCUGCGAGGAGGCGCAAUGCCCCAACAUCGGAGAGUGUUGGAACGGAGGCGGAGAUGGUGUUGCGACCGCGACAAUCAUGCUUCUUGGGGACACUUGCACGCGUGGCUGUCGAUUUUGUGCCGUCAAAACCAGCAGAAACCCCGCGCCGCCCGAUCCCAUGGAACCGGAAAACACUGCCAACGCUAUUGCAAGUUGGGGUGUGGACUAUAUUGUUCUAACGAGUGUAGAUCGUGAUGAUAUACCCGAUGGAGGAAGUGGGCAUUUUGCUCAGACCGUCAAAGCUAUGAAGAAACUCAAGCCUGAGAUCAUGGUUGAGUGUUUAACUUCUGAUUUCCGGGGCAACUUGAAGGACGUAGAGACUCUGGUACACUCAGGAUUGGAUGUGUUUGCCCACAACAUCGAAACUGUGAAACGGCUCCAGCGAAUUGUCAGAGAUCCUAGGGCUGGUUAUGAACAGAGCUUGUCAGUUCUAAAACAUGCAAAACUCAGCAAGGAGGGCAUGAUAACAAAAUCUUCUAUAAUGUUAGGUCUCGGAGAAUCUGAUGAUGAGUUGAAAGAAGCCAUGGCUGAUUUAAGGGCUAUAGAUGUUGAUAUUCUGACACUUGGACAGUAUUUACAGCCAACUCCAUUACACCUGACUGUCAAAGAGUAUGUUACCCCUGAAAAAUUUGCCUUCUGGAAGGAAUAUGGGGAGUCAAUUGGAUUUCGUUAUGUUGCCAGUGGUCCACUGGUCCGAUCCUCGUAUAGGGCUGGCGAGCUCUUUGUUAAGACAAUGGUUAGAGAAAAGGCUAACAGCACAGCUGCCACAUCCAAUUGAUUUUUCAUGGCUAACAAACCGACCACAAAUUGGUGCAUGAGCAGUUUGUUGUGGGGCAAGUGAUUGCAAAGGUGGUCCUCAUCAUUAUUGAGUCUAAAUUUUCUAGGUCUAUCUUCCUUUCUGCCUGGAUUUCUAUGCACUGAAAUCCAUUUCCUUCUUGUAAAAAAUUUCUAAGUUAGAAUUUUUGGGGCUUAAGUUUUGAUCCUCACAUUUAGGAUUUGCCAUUGCUACCUUUAUUUACAUAGUUAAUUCCAACAC